AUGGCUGAAAAAUCUGCCAGCAAGGUGGACGAAGCUGCUGACGAAGCUGUAGAUGACAAGGAGAGUGGACCGGCACAAUGUGAGGAAGAAUCGUUCGCUGCCGAGUUUCGCUCUUUCUGGAACAGAUUCUACGCUCGCUGCUGCGGUGCUACCUUCGACCAAACCACAUCUAUCCCUGCCAUGUGUCACACGAAUCCUGCUUCUGAACGAUCGGUCCAGGCCAUGGACACUCUGCAGAUUAUGUCAGUCAAAGUUGCAUCAAUCAAAGGGGAUUUGCGCUGGCCACUGGAAGUGUUUGGUAUCAUAGCUGCACGUGAUGUCGUGGAUCAGAAGCGCAAUAUUAUUUUCCACCGUCCAAGGACUAACUGCCAAACCAUCACCCAGGAUGAUUGCUACCUAGCACUGACAUGUCCUACCCGUGCUAUUGUCGUGGCAUAUGAGCCUUCAUACAUUGAGGUUUCGCUGAAAGUGAAGGGCACUACAGAACCUGAGGAUAAAGAUUUAAGUGCUCUUGUUGUGGUGUUUAGAGCUGGAUACUGUCCUGAGAGCGUUUACCCUAGCAGGCUUAGCACGCUGGAAUUUAAAUUUGAUCACAUUCAAGAGUCGGUGGAGGCUACAGUCUUUAUUAGAAUCGUUGGCGGGUCGUGGCCAGACGGUUUUCGUGGUGUAUUUAGUGCUGCCUCCCGUAGUGAUGACAACCUACAGGUCAAGUUACUUGAAUUUGAAGAUGGUGGUUUGCCUGUUCAUGCUGAUGGUGUGAUCACGCUCUCACGACGUGUGGUCUCUGUUGAACUUGAGAGGAACCUGAAGGUUUCAGUAAUGGCAAUUCCAGUUAACAAGGGAUAUGUUGCUGAGACCAGCGAAGCAGUUUUAAAAUCUCAUAGAGUCGGUUUAAGCCCUCCAGGCAUCAAUCUCAGCGUUGGCUCCUGCAAUAUGGAAGUUCGUGUUGCUUGGUCCUGUUUCCGUCGUGUGUGUUGA